AAAUAGCAGUAAGGUAUACGAUAUGUACAUGGUGCCAUGUAUGUAUGGAGUUGAAUUGAUACCAUAUAACGCUGCAUUGACCAUAUUCUUAUCACGCCGUAACCUGUGCUGUUUCUGUGGUUACCUUUUCCCAAUCAACACCUGAUCCAGGGACUGAAUCAGAAUGUCCGACCUAUCAAUGGAACCGGUCGUGGUCAUCCAUGGCGGGGCGUGGGCGAUCCCGGACAAAUUGUCGUCUGCUAGUGUAGAAGGCGUCUGUUCCGCGGCGCGUGCUGGGUAUGACGUGUUGAUUCGGAGUGGGAGCGCGAUGGAUGCCGUGGAGGCGGCGGUGAGGGUGAUGGAGGACUGUCCGGCCUUUGAUGCAGGCACUGGGUCGGUUCUGAAUACGAAGGGCGAGGUAGAAAUGGACUCUGUUAUAAUGGACGGCCGAGAGCUACAGUGCGGGUCCGUGGCAUGUGUACAAAACAUCAAGAACCCGGUGUCUCUCGCCAGGGCCGUCUUAGAAAAAACAGAUCACACACUCCUGGUUGGGAAAGGCGCCAAUGAGUUUGCAGAGGAAAUCGGGAUCCAUACGGUACCGACGGACAGCCUGGUAACGGAGGACGCGCGGGAGGAAUGGCGCCAUUUCAUGCAAUUCAAAACCACAGUAAACGUGCUCUUUAGAAAUAGAGAAGCGACCCCGUCCACAUCCGCGGUGUGCGACACACUGGGUCACGACACGGUGGGAGCGGUGGCGCUAGACAGGAGUGGUUCCACGGCGGCGGCGACCUCUACCGGCGGAAUCACCGCUAAACGGCCCGGCCGGGUCGGCGACAGCCCCAUCGUAGGUGCUGGAGCAUACGCCGACAAUGAAUCUGGGGCUGUGUCCACCACGGGGCACGGGGAAUCCAUCACCAAGGUCUGUCUGGCCAGACAGGUCACCCACCUCAUGGAGUCAGGGAUGUCAGCUCAAAAAGCUUCAGAAGUAGCCUUACAAAAGAUGGCUGACAGGGUUAAAGGUCACGGGGGCGUGGUGACCGUCAGUAAGGAUGGAGACAUUGGGAAACACUUCACUACAGAGAGGAUGGCGUGGGCGUGGAUCAAGGCUGGAAAACUCCACUACGGACUGAACUGUGGCGAGGAUUUCAUAGCUGCUGAGUAAAGACAGGAGGGAUAAGAUGUACCAUGACCAAAAAAGGGGAAAAAGACACAAUUGUUUUAAUAGAUGCAUGUAAAUUUAAUUAACUGCAAAUCUUGCAUGCAAAUUUAAUAAAAAUAUGGAAAGUAG